AUGGCUUACGGACCGCCUGUCGGGCGACGAAGAAUGGAAGGACGGUUUGGAAACUGGUUCACCGCCGAUGCCUGGCGACCGCAUCGCGAAGCCGACGACUUCCGACUCCGAUCUAAUCAAUCGACUCGACGAGUCUCUGAACUGAACCACCAAAAUCGCCAUCUCAAACACAGCCACACUCCACGCCGUCUCACCAUCUACCGCCAUCCAUCCACCAUCAACAACACCGUGGCCAUCUCUCCUUCUAUCCCUGCAGGUUGUCCCAACGCUGCCCUCACCAUGAAGCGGAAGCUUUCCGACUCCGAAGACACGACCAACUCCACAGAACUCACCAACCGGAAGAAGAGCAUGACAGAGGCCAACGGCAACAGUAGCACCGCCAUGGACGUCGACACACCCGCCGCCACGCUGGAGCAGCUCAAAGAUGCCAGCAAUGGCGAGAUCGAUGAGUCGCUGUACUCCCGCCAGCUGUACGUCUUGGGCCACGAGGCGAUGAAGCGGAUGGGAUCAUCGCACGUCCUCGUAUCAGGACUGCGCGGAUUGGGAGUGGAGAUCGCAAAGAAUAUUGCUCUGGCAGGUGUCAAGAGUCUGACUCUGUUUGACCCCAAGCCAGCUGCGAUUCAAGAUCUGUCAUCACAAUUCUUCCUACACCCCGAGGAUGUCGGCAAGGCAAGAGCUGAUGUCACAGUGCCACGCGUGGCAGAGCUCAAUCCCUACACACCCGUCAAGAUCCACCCCUCAAAGGACCUCACCAGCGAUCUGCAAUCCCUCAAGCAAUAUCAGGUCGUCGUCCUUACAGAUACGCCACUCAGGGACCAGAUCAAGAUCGCCGAUUUCUGCCACGACAACGGCAUCUUUGUUGUCAUCACGGACACAUUCGGCCUGUUUGGCACCAUCUUCACCGACUUUGGAAAGAACUUCACUUGCGGCGACCCUACUGGAGAGAACCCACUCAGCGGAAUCGUGGCAGGCAUCGACACAGAUGGUCUGGUGUCAGCAUUGGACGAGACACGCCACGGUUUGGAAGAUGGAGACUUUGUCACGUUUACAGAAGUGGAGGGAAUGGAGGGUUUGAACGAUGGCACACCUCGCAAGAUUACAGUCAAGGGACCAUACACAUUUUCUAUCGGGGACGUGUCGUCAUUCGGACAGUACAAGCGCGGUGGACUCUACACACAAGUCAAGAUGCCAAAGAUCAUCAACUUUGAGCCUCUCAGCAAGCAGCUGCAGAAGCCAGAGUUGAUGAUUGCGGAUUUUGCAAAGUUCGACCGUCCUGGUAUGAUGCAUGCCGGCAUCCAGGCUCUGCAUGCAUUUGCGGAGAAGCACAACGGAGAACUGCCACGCUCGCACAAUGAGGCCGAUGCACAGGAGCUGGUCAAGCUGGCAAAGGAGAUCGCCGAGAAGUCGGAGGACAAGCCGGAGCUGGACGAGAAGGUCAUCACGGAAUUGGCAUACCAGGCUCGCGGCGACUUGUCACCCAUGGCGGCAUUCUACGGUGGUCUGGCUGCGCAGGAAGUGUUGAAGUCCGUGUCGGGCAAGUUUCACCCCAUCAAGCAGUGGCUCUACUUCGACUCGCUUGAGUCGAUCCCAACAUCGUCCAAGCGUAGUGAGGAGCUUUGCAAGCCAUUGGGGACUCGCUACGACGGGCAGAUUGCUGUGUUCGGAAAGGAAUACCAAGAGAAGCUCUCCAAUGUCAAGCAAUUCUUGGUGGGCGCUGGCGCCAUCGGCUGUGAGAUGUUGAAAAACUGGGCAAUGAUCGGUCUUGCGACUGGACCAAAUGGCAAGAUCAGCGUGACGGAUAACGAUCAAAUCGAGAAGAGCAACCUCAACAGACAGUUCCUCUUCCGGGCAAAGGACGUUGGCAAGCUGAAGAGUGAGGCUGCUUCCGCGGCAGUGCAAGCGAUGAACCCGGAUUUGAGUGGCAAGAUCGAAAUGAUGAAAGACAAGGUUGGCCAAGAGACCGAGGCGAUCUUUAACGAGACCUUCUGGGAGAGCCUUGAUGGUGUAACCAACGCACUCGACAACGUCGAUGCUCGGACAUAUGUUGACCGUCGGUGCGUCUUCUUCCGCAAGCCUCUUCUCGACAGCGGCACGCUUGGCACGAAGGGCAACACCCAAGUUGUCCUUCCAAACCAGACGGAGUCAUACUCUAGCUCUCAGGAUCCGCCCGAGCAGUCAUUCCCGAUGUGCACCCUCCGAUCUUUCCCGAACCGCAUCGAGCACACAAUCGCUUGGGCAAAGGAGCUCUUCCACUCGUCCUUUGCUGGUCCUGCUGAGAUUGCCAACGCAUACAUCUCCCAGCCAGACUAUCUUGGCACGCAGUUGAAGCAGUCUGGUAGCGAGAAGCAGACGUUGGAAACUCUUCGCGAGUACCUUGUCACCGACAAGCCACAGUCAUUCGACGACUGCAUCAAGUGGGCCCGUAUGCAAUUCGAGAAGCAAUACAACAAUGCCAUCCAGCAGUUGUUGUUCAACUUCCCGAAAGACUCCACCACCUCCACUGGCCAGCCAUUCUGGUCAGGACCCAAGCGUGCACCAGACCCACUCAAGUUCGACGUCAACAAUCCUACUCACUACUCUUUCGUCCUCUCCGCCGCAAACCUUCACGCCUUCAACUACCACAUGCAGCCCAACACAGACCGCAAGCAUAUCACCUCCGUGCUCGACAGCAUGAACGUUCCCGAGUUCAAGCCUGAUCCGGGCGUCAAGAUUCAAGCCGACGACAAGGAGCCUGACCCGAAUGCUCAAGGUGGCGAGAUGGACGACAACGAGCAGCUCAACAAGAUCGCCAGCUCGCUUCCUACACCGAAGUCGCUCGGGGACUUCCGCUUGGAGCCGGUUGAGUUCGAGAAGGACGACGACACCAACUUCCACAUUGACUUCAUCACCGCAGCAUCCAACCUCCGCGCGGAGAACUACAAGAUCGUCACCGCCGACCGCCACAAGACCAAGUUCAUCGCCGGCAAGAUCAUUCCUGCGAUUGCCACCACGACGGCUCUCGUCACUGGUCUCGUGAUCCUGGAGCUAUACAAGAUUGUCGAUGGAAAGACCGACAUUGAGCAGUACAAGAACGGCUUUGUCAACCUCGCUCUGCCGUUCUUCGGCUUUAGCGAGCCGAUCGCGUCGCCGAAGGGAACGUACAAGGGUCCGGAUGGAGAUGUCACCAUCGACAAGCUGUGGGACCGCUUCGAGAGUAACGAUGUUACCCUGCAGGAGUUCAUCGAUGACUUCAAGAAGAAGGGUCUCGAGAUCAGCAUGAUUUCGAGCGGUGUCAGCUUGCUGUACGCGAGCUUCUACCCGGCGAGCAAGAACAAGGAGAGGUUGCCGAUGAAGUUGUCGAAGCUUGUUGAGCACAUCUCCAGGAAGCCCAUUCCUGACCACCAGAAGAACGUCAUCUUCGAGAUCACCGCUGAGGAUAUGACUGAGGAGGAUGUGGAAUUGCCUUACGUCCUCGUUAAGCUUGAUAAAUAA